AUAAGGAGAUGUGGUAUGAUUGCUAUUGAGACAACUAUAUCUACAGCAAGACCAAAACAUAAGGUAUUAAUAAGGAGAUGUGGUAUGAUUGCUAUUGAGACAACUAUAUCUACAGCAAGACCAAAACAUAAGGUAUUAAUAAGGAGAUGUGGUAUGAUUGCUAUUGAGACAACUAUAUCUACAGCAAGACCAAAACAUAAGGUAUUAAUAAGGAGAGGUGGUAUGAUUGCUAUUGAGACAACUAUAUCUACAGCAAGACCAAAAUAUAAGGUAUUAAUAAGGAGAGGUGGUAUGAUUGCUAUUGAGACAACUAUAUCUACAGCAAGACCAAAACAUAAGGUAUUAAUAAGGAGAUGUGGUAUGAUUGCUAUUGAGACAACUAUAUCUACAGCAAGACCAAAACAUAAGGUAUUAAUAAGGAGAUGUGGUAUGAUUGCUAUUGAGACAACUAUAUCUACAGCAAGACCAAAACAUAAGGUAUUAAUAAGGAGAUGUGGUAUGAUUGCUAUUGAGACAACUAUAUCUACAGCAAGACCAAAACAUAAGGUAUUAAUAAGGAGAUGUGGUAUGAUUGCUAUUGAGACAACUAUAUCUACAGCAAGACCAAAACAUAAGGUAUUAAUAAGGAGAUGUGGUAUGAUUGCUAUUGAGACAACUAUAUCUACAGCAAGACCAAAACAUAAGGUAUUAAUAAGGAGAUGUGGUAUGAUUGCUAUUGAGACAACUAUAUCUACAGCAAGACCAAAACAUAAGGUAUUAAUAAGGAGAUGUGGUAUGAUUGCUAUUGAGACAACUAUAUCUACAGCAAGACCAAAACAUAAGGUAUUAAUAAGGAGAUGUGGUAUGAUUGCUAUUGAGACAACUAUAUCUACAGCAAGACCAAAACAUAAGGUAUUAAUAAGGAGAUGUGGUAUGAUUGCUAUUGAGACAACUGUAUCUACAGCAAGACCAAAACAUAAGGUAUUAAUAAGGAGAUGUGGUAUGAUUGCUUCUGAAACAACUAUAUAUCUACAGCAAGACCAAAACAUAAGGUAUUAAUAAGGAGAAGUGGUAUGAUUGCUAUUGAGACAACUAUAUCUACAGCAAGACCAAAACAUAAGGUUAUAACAGCUAUAGGUCACAGAACAAUAAUAUCCUUAAUCAUAAAAAUA